AUGCGGUGUACUUGGAUUCUACACUGCAGUUCAUCAUCACUGCGUUCAUUAAGUGAAGUGGAGCGUCGUUUUCGUGCUCGUGAUAUCACACUGCGGGUGUGCACAAAGAAUGGUACUGCACGACUUGUUUACGCGAACACCACAAAUUUAUUGAAGGAAACGAUUAAACGACAUCAUUUAGGAUCACGUACACAUGGACAUCUUUCUUUUCUAGAGCUUGUGGGUUCACAUUUAACGUUUACAAACAUCUUAGCAGCUUUACAAGAAGGGGAAGAACGUGUGAUUUCUCGCUUUACGGCUGAUAAUGCCACCAUUGUGGCGGAGUCUUUGGCUCUUGGUGAGUGUCGUUGUUAUAUUCGUGGGGAUAAUAAUGGGAGUAUUGAAGGAACUCCAUUUCCGUUGAAAGUAGAUCGGAUUUUGUAUGGACAGAGUCAGCCGUUUUCAUCCAUGACUGCAGCUCGAUUAGAUAAAUUGAUUUCUGAUGCUGAGGAGGAGGAGGAGCAGAAGAAGGGUAAUUCAGAUAUAUACAGUGGUAAUAAUAAUAAUAAUAAUAAUAAUAAUAAUAAUAAUAAUAAUAAUAAUAAUACGAUUAAACAGGUUCCUAUAGCAUUGGGAUUACAGGAUUUAUCACCUGAGAAAAUAGAAGCGUAUUUUCGAUAUAAUAUUUCUCUUCAUGGUUACAACUUCUUUAGACAGUCAGAAGGGGCGGCUGUGGCAUUAUGGUGUUAUUCACAUCUUCAUGAUGCAUCUAUUCAAGAAGUACUCACCCAAUUCAGUAAUGACAUUACAACAGACGCACUUGAUAAAUCUCAGGAAUUAGAAAGAGAACUUGAGAUGAGAAUAGGACGAGCAGGAUGUUCAUUUGGUGUAUUAGUUCAACCAAUCGUUGCGAAACAAACAGAAGAGAUGAGAGUAUAUGAAUUACAACGAUCUCUUCUACGGGCUUCUAUUUCUAAUCCAGAUGUGUUUAAUCCAUUAUAUCGCCGUGCACAAGAGGAUUGUCUCUCCUGUCAAGAUACACUUUCACUCGUGAGUGGAGAUUAUGAAGGGGCGUAUGCAGUGGCAUUAGCGGCCCGUCAAUGUACACAAGAUCCUUCUAUAGUGGCACCUAUUAUAGAAAAGAUACGGCAGCAGUUAGGUGUGCGGGAUAUACAGUUACAACUAGAGACAGAGUCAAUAGUGAGAAAUGGAUUAGAUUUCUUUUGUCGCUGCAGUAAAGGGGAUUUUAUGCGGUCGUUGAUAACACUUUCUAUGGAGGAAUUAGGGCGACUUCGGGAGGAAAACAGUUUUCAUUGUUCCUUCUGUGGUAAGGAUCAUCCACUGCUGCAUGAAGAUUGGGAGAAGGUUAUGCAAGAAAAAGAGAAAAGAUAA